AAGGGACGGAACGUCAAAGCAGCGUUUAUUCAUUCGAACAAGGCGCGGGUAAAUUCCGUAGUUGAAGAGGUAAGGAAUUGUAAAUCAUGGCAGCCAGAGGCCGAAGGCAGUGGAAGCCACAGGCUGGUUUCCAGGCACAACAGGAACAGAAAGAGGGUGUACAUGUUAGUAUACUGAAACAAGCAAGGAAGUCGGGACAGCUGAAUCUGUCUGGGAGGAGUCUUACAUCAAUUCCAGAUACAGUAUGGCGGAUCAAUAUUGAUGUGCCGGAAGAGGGGAAGACGGCUUCCAUGGAUGAUGCUGAUGACAGAUGGUGGGAACAGAUAGAUCUUACAAAACUUAUUCUUGCUUCCAACUGGCUGACUGGCCUGUCUGAAGAUAUUGCAAAUCUUCCUGCACUCACUGUUCUAGAUGUUCAUGAUAAUAGACUAGAAAGCUUACCAGAAGCACUGGGAACCCUACAAAACCUACAGAAAUUAGAUGUUAGCCGGAAUAAACUGACAGAACUUCCAUCAUGUGUUGGAAAAAUAAAGAGUUUGAAGAGCUUGCAUGUAGAAUAUAACCAGUUGAGACAAAUGCCAGAAGAUAUGGGAGAUCUUUUCUUUUUAGAAGACCUGGAUAUGUCCAACAAUGAGUUAACAAGUUUACCUGGCAGUAUGGGAGGUCUGAGUAAGAUCAUUAAGCUGAAUGUUUCCAAUAACAAACUGAAGUCAUUGCCUCCAGAACUUGCCACUAUGAAUGCAUUACGACAGAUUGAUGCGAACCACAAUGAAAUAACAAAUUUACCACCAGCGUUUGGUACACUUAUACAUCUAGAACAGUUAUACCUGAGACAUAAUAAAUUAACACACUUACCUGUACUGACAGACUGCACUUCACUCAAAGAGUUACAUUUAGGCAACAAUCAAAUCAUAGAAAUUACGGGAGAACAUGUUCAGCAUCUUCCUGCAAUAUCUGUCCUGGACCUUAGAGAUAAUAAGAUAUGCAAGCUUCCAGAUGAAAUUGCUCAACUCCAGUCAUUAGAGAGGCUUGAUGUAACAAAUAAUGACCUAGCUGGGUUGCCGUAUUUACUUGGGACAGUGACAACAUUGAAGUCUAUUGUCGUUGAUGGAAAUCCAAUGAGAUCAAUUAGAAGGGACAUUAUUAUGAGAGGCACACAAGAAAUAAAGAAAUACCUGCGUAGCAGGAUAGAGGAUCCCUCAGAGAUUCCUGCAGCAGCAACCAAUGGUGUUCAGAGUAACAAAGGUCAGUCAGGAGUCAUUGGAGGUACAGGAGACGGGGUGAAUGCGCAUGAUGUUAUUCAGUCUAAAAGCCUUGAUUACAGUAACAAGAAGUGCAAUCAAGUACCAGAGGAGGUCUUGAAAAUUGCAGCAAAAGGGGAAAUAACUUCAAUAAAUCUCAGCAAGAAUACCUUUACAGAGUUACCUAAAGGAAUAAUGUUAGUGUCAGAUCAUUUAAAGGAGCUGAACUUAGGAUUUAACAAAUUGACCUCACUACAUUCAGAUAUUGGUCUUUACUUCAAACUGACUUUCUUAGAUCUGAGGAAUAACCAGUUGUCAGACCUACCAAGUGACAUGGCGUCUUUAAAGGAAAUGAGAGAAGUGAUCCUUUCAUUUAACAGAUUUACCAAACUUCCUGCUGUGCUGUAUUCAUUACCAAAGUUGGAGAUCCUGUUUGCUAACGACAACAAGAUAGAGAGUAUAGACCCACAGGGAAUGAAACAGCUCGCCUCAUUGGCUACUCUAGAUCUACAGAAUAAUAAUAUAGGACAGGUCCCUCCUGAACUGGGCCUCUGUAGUCAGAUCAAAUCCCUUCAACUGAGUGGAAAUGCAUUUAGAAUACCUCGACCAGCAAUCUUGGCAAAAGGAACAAAUGCUCUUCUGGAAUUUUUAAGAGGUAGAAUAGCAGAAUGAUGCUGGUUGUUGCCAUGGUGACUUUAUAAAAUAUUCUGUGCUGAGUCAGCAAGAUUUUGGAUCUAUUCUAUCAAACAGAAUAUCACGAACUGAUCUAAAAGCAUAGCAUGGUAAUUUUCAUCCUAAUAGUUUGCAGUUUACCAGAAGAGAAACUGAAUUAACAGAUAUCAAACUUUUUCUUCAUUAAAAGUUAUGACGAUUACAGGUAUAUUUGUAACAAAAUUAUUUUACAAUAUAGUUCCAUUAGAUUCUUUGCAAAGGUCACAUUGUUUUCAAUAUUACCUGAAGGUUGUGUUUCAUAUUGUUUGCAAUAUUAAUUUCUGUAGAGAUAUUAUUUUAAUGUUUAAGUGAUCAUUAAGUAUUAAGUAGUUCUGCAUGUUUGAUAAAACAGAAGUAAUUUUGUAACGCCAUGACUAGACAUUUGGAAAUGAAAAUGAUUUUAUGAAUUAAUGGCAGCCAGUGAGUAAAUUUAUGAAAACAGCAAUGUUACUAUCUAAAGAAAAACUAUUAUAUUUCAUUAUAAAGCAUUAUUUUAUAAUGUUAAAUAAUUCCAAGUUGUCUUAAAAUCACUUGAAAUGUGUGGCUCUCUUUAAUCACAGACAAAUAUCUCAAAAAAAUAAGCACACUGAUGUAUACAUUUUAUAUACGGUAUUAUAUGUCAUAUGUUUAUUUACAAUUGUGAGAAGUUCCAUUAAAAUCAAUGUAUUAGAAAAAUGUCUUUCCCUGUAGACUCCCAUUAUGAGAAUUUGGACAAGGUCUAAAUUCUUCAAAUCACUCUACCAAAAAAUCUAGCAUACAACCCUUUCAUUUUUAUUUGCUGAAUUUUUUAAGCAUACUAUGAAGAACUACCUUUAGUGAUCUUCACAGAGGUUUUAUUAAGUAUUAUUUUCUUUGUGUUAGGAUGAAAGAAAAGCUCAUAUUUGAGUUGACAAUAGAACUAUUUUAUUUACAGUCAGACCAUUUGCUUAUUAUCUGUGAUAUACCUUUCAAAGUGCUUACAUAGAAACUAUCCAUGUUUACUGAACUAAAAAAGAAAUAUGUUUAUUGUUAUUUACAUACUUUCUUCUAUUUUUUAUAAAAAAUUGUUUAUUUGUAAUGUAUUUUGUUCAAUGAAAUAUGUGUUCCCUAUUUGCUAAUAGCACAUUUUUUUCCUGAUUUGAUCAUGCACUUGUUUGUUCUUUAUGCCAAUAAGUUUUGAGAAUAAAAUUUCAUGAUUUGUGAA